AUGCCAGCUUGUAGCCUCACCAGAUUUUGUGCUACUCUUUCACCUCAUCAUUAUUGUCCAGGCCUGUUAUGCCUAAUUAAGACCUGUUCAGCAGCAAGGUACAGUGUCGUGUUUCUACUUUUUAUUCUUCUUUGCCAAAUGUUUGGCCUACAUCUUCUCUUCUGUCUUCAUGCUCCGGUUGAAGGUGCUUCGUUUCAGCUUGGCCAGGAAGAUCGAUGUCCAGCCUGUUCACUUACACCACACACUGCCGCAGCUCUUUUCAGCACAGAUUUAAAUUUAACAAGUCGAGGUGUUGAAAAGCACUUCUCCUAUUUCACCGAACAAAUGUCAGGGAUUAUACCUCUCCACUUGCUCCCCACUAAGAGCUCUUAAUCUUUUCAGGAGGGAUUGGGUUUUUUAUUUUUUGUCCCCACUGUUUCUAAUUGGUCACCAGAUCUGCUGCUUGAGUCAAACUAAGUAAGUCAAUCUGAGCUGAUGAUACAAAUCUGCUGGGGGGGUUUUAACCAGAGGUACAGAGAUGUGGCUCACCUGUUUGCUUGUUGAGGAGUGUGGCAGUGUCUUAAGAAGCACUUGAAGCUGAGAUCCCUGAUUCAAAGAGGUGUGGACAAAGGGGGAGCAACACCCUCUAAUAUCGAUGACUUCACCAGUGUAGGAUGGUUCUACCUCUGGACAGCCCAGAAAGAAACACCGACACAUAUAAAUGUGAGCAGCAGGGAGAGGGAGAGGAGAGCGAAAGCCAACCUGAAGCUUGCAAAUGCAUGCUGCAGCCCGUCAACAAGCAGAGAAGGAAAAGCAAGAAGAGAUGACUGUGGAUCAGCCUCACCAACUGCAAAUAUGAAAGUGUGCGGCGAGCUGCUCGUAGAUACGGCCUCAGAGAGGCGAUGGACGGUGAAGAUUGGACGCUGUUCUGGACCGACUGCUCUGUGUCUCUAGACCGUGUUAAGGACAUGAAGCGUUACCAGAAAAUAAACCAUUUCCCAGGGAUGAAUGAGAUCUGCCGCAAGGAUUCUCUGGCCAGAAACAUGAACCGCAUGCUGAAGCUCUUUCCCAAAGACUACAACAUCUUCCCCAGAACAUGGUGCCUUCCUGCAGAUUACAGCGACUUUCAUGCUUACACCAGGGCCAAAAAACACAAGACGUAUAUCUGUAAGCCUGACACGGGUUGUCAAGGCAAAGGCAUCUUCAUCACCAAAUCCAGUAAAGACAUCAAACCUGGAGAACAUAUGAUCUGCCAGGUUUACAUCUCCAGGCCUUUCAUCAUUGAUGGGUACAAGUUUGACCUGCGUGUCUACGUGCUGGUGACGUCAUGUGACCCGUUCAGCAUUUUCAUGUUCAAGGAGGGGCUGGCUCGCUUCUGCACCACAAAGUACAGCGAACCAACGCUCAGCAAUGUGGAUGACGUGUGUAUGCAUCUCACCAACUAUUCCAUCAACAAGCACAGCGAGAACUUUGUCCGUGACGAGGAUUCUGGGAGCAAACGAAAGCUGUCCGCCCUGAACAAGCUCCUGGAGUCCAUGAACUACAGCACAGAGAAGAUGUGGAGCGACAUCGAGGACGUGAUCAUAAAGACUCUGAUCUCGGCCCAUCCCAUACUCAAGCAUAACUACCAAACGUGUUUCCCCAACCACACCACCGGCAGCGCAUGCUUUGAGAUACUGGGCUUCGACGUGCUGUUGGAUCACCGGCUCAAACCCUGGGUGCUGGAGGUGAAUCACUCCCCAAGUUUUACCACUGACUCCCAGCUGGACCGCGAGGUGAAGGAUGCUUUGCUGUACGACACUCUGGUUCUCAUCAACCUGAGCGCCUGUGAUCGUCGUAAGAUUACUAAAGAGGAGAGACGCAAGGCGAAGGAAAGGCUGGAGCAGCACCGCUCCAGAGAGGCCAGGUCAGAAGAGCUGCGUCAGUGCCAGGCAGCCACGGUGAAGCAGAUGGAGAGGUACGAGGCCAAACACCUGGGAGGCUUCAAGAGGAUUUAUCCCAGAGAGGGAGGGGAGAAAUACGACAAGUACUUUAAACACAGCAGCUCGCUCUUCCACGAGACGGCGGCAUCGAAGGCCAGAGAGGAGUGUGCCAGGCAGCAGCUGCAGGAGCUGCGUCUGAAGCAGGAGCAGAAGGAGCUCUACCACAGGACAGGCCGGAGGAGAGACUCGCAGGGGGAGACUGCAGGGGAAGGAGUCAAACCACGAAGGGCCCCAUCAGCGCCGACCCCCAUUUCUAACUGCAACCCAGCAUUGCCUCCUGUGUCCAGCCCAUCAGCAGCUCCGGAGUCUGCAGAGGUCCAAGAAGAGGAGCAGGAGCAUCUGGAUAAGGAGGAGGAGGAGAAGGUGGUGGAGGAGAGAGAGGAGGAGAAAAAAGUGGUAUUAAUAGGCAACCACGAGCAGCUCAGCGUGCCGUACCAGAGGAAGAAACUAGUGCAGGAGCUCGGGGUGGUGAGCCAGAUCCAGCAGCUGCUGCAGGGCCACAGAGAGGGAGGGGGAGCAAACGACUGCUGCUCCCAGCAGCAGAGAAAUCAUCAGAGGCAGCACAGGAAGUUGGAUUCACUGACGCAUUUUUCUCAAAGGACUAAAGAGCAGGACAUACCUGUGCAGCAGCUCGGGUCCGUCAUGACUCAGCAGCGUUUGCUCCGGCCCACUGUACACCGCAGCUGCCCGAACGGCGAGUCCAAGAGCCACGGCAGAGCAGGAGAAAUACGCCGGAUCGUCAGCCCCCAGCAGGCGUCCUGGCCAGUCAGCGGCUCUCUGAGCAGCUUCUACACCGACGCCCGGUCCCGUCCCGGCAUCCCGACCAUAAACUACAUCUCCAAAGGAGGCCCUCGAUGCACCAACGACGUGUCCCACGACCCCGACGCCCUGCGCAGCCUGCUCGUCAUCUCCACAUGCGUCCCGCUGCUCCGGAGGCCUGGCUUCCCUCACAGAGCGACCCAGCACGGUAAAGGGCACUGAGGGCAGCGGGACCGCCGACCUCACGAAGCCCCUCCGAGUCCAGACCUGCUGCUCUCACCUCACACUGAAGCUGCUCCACAGAGAAAAUAAUUUUUUUAUAUAAAAAGCCUUGAAGAGAGAAAAUUCAGAAAUACACGGUGCCUUUGAUGGACAUUGAUGUUUGUAUAUAGCUUUUAUACCUGCAAACCAGCUGCCUGCCACUGAAUGAGCUCCAGCAAAGCCCAAACAGCAUUACAUCUUUUUUUUAAAAAAAUACUGACUCUGUGUGCUCAGAUUUAUCCAUUAAAUCUAACCUGAUGCAUAAAUCUGAGAUAGAUGUUUAAUAUUUUGCUCUGAGGAUGAAUUAUUUUAAACAGAGUGCCAAAAUAAAAGCACGCUGGGUUAACAUAAUAUUGAAAUCUUUUACUCUGGAAGAAAAAAAAUGUGGUUCUAAUAAACUCACUGAUUUAUAUGAACAUAAACUGGCUCAGCUAAACUGAAACUAUUAAAGGUUCAUUAUUUAAUAUUAAAUUUAGUUUGAAAAGCUUCACACUGGGGGACAUUAAGGAUAAAAGCCAGCUGCUCUCAUGUUUGUGCAGUCAAGUAUUGAAAAUAACUUUAUUUGCGCUGAUGAUCAAUAAAAUGCCUUUUUUUUUCCCCAAGUGAUUUAGUUUAAUCGUCUUUAUUGUCACUUUCUGCAAAAAAUAAGAUAAGACUUUUUAAAAUUAAUAAAUAUUCUUUCUGUGAUUACACUUUAACACAUUAUUUUCUAAAUAGUUUUAAAGUUUUUUUUGAUGGUGAUUGCCUCCUUUCGUCUUGACGGUUUUCAGAUAAGAGGCCAUAAAGUUUUACAGCUUCUCUGGAUCCGGUUUCUUUGUAGCUGGCUGACAGCAAGGCACCAAUAAACUAAAAAAAGAGAAAAAGAUCAAAUACGCUGAGAAAAUAUUCGAUAUUAUUUUAAAAUGUGAGGAAGUGUUUUCAUUAUUGAUAAAUAUAAAUAUCGAGUCCACUUGCAUUAUAAAGCGCCUGAGCUGUUUUCUGCGAGCUCCUGUGAAACUCGGGGAUCUACAGACGAAUUUAUUUAAUUAUAAUUAUAUUUAUCUUUCCAAAAAAAUGUAAAAUCUGGGGGGUAAAUUUAGGAGCUAAUAAAGGAUUAAACUAUGGCCUAAAUAAGACGAUACCUGUGGAACUGUUGGGGUUUUUUUUGUUUGUUUUUUUUAAUUUUAGACUUUAAUGCAAUGAAAACGUUAAUUCAUAUGUUUUAACAUUUUGUGUUUAAAUCCCAGAUUACAUUUUAAUGAAAAAGCGCCAUUAUAUUGGACUUUCCGUCUCUUUGAGGGGGGGAAAUGAAAGCGAUGGGGAGAAUGUUUUGUAUUUCAGGAAUUUAUGGUUUUAUUGCGUCUAUAAAUGUCGGAAAUCCUCUCUGGCAGUGAAAAACACCAGAAUACCGACUGAAAUAAGACUUAAAAAAAAAACAACAACAAAUCAAAUCGGAAAUGACUCAUUAGAAACAACAAGAAAAAAGAUGAAAUUAAAUUUAAAUUUUAAGGCCCAAACGAGGGAAAGUUUAAUUCUGAAGUUGGGCUGUUUCAAGUUUUUCUGACCUUAAAAUCCGCCUCAGGAUGGCAGUUAAGCUCAUUCCCAUCUUUGGCCAAUUUGAUCUGAAGGAAUUUCCCCGCAUUUGGAGAGAUUAUAAUAGUCUUAAUGCAAAUAAUCUUCACGCCUGGAGCCUUUUUAUUUUAGAAAAAUAAGAAGACUCAAUCACCGGCGUCUGCGGUUUGGAGAUUACAUGAUUAUUUUUUCCUGAAAGUGACAAAUUUGACGAAACGCAGGAGGAAGGACUGGAGCCAGAUUCACUUCCUGUUAUUUGAUUUGAAUUUUUGGGUACGCGAAUAAGACCACCGCCGUGGUUAGCGAUCAAUAAGAAGCU